GCCAUAGCGCGCGCACGCCCUCUAUGUUUCAGUCACACCACUGCCACAUGGAUCGGAGGGCGUUAUUCCGAUUAUUAUAAAAAAUAUUACAAUAUUUCAAGAGCGAAGAGAAUAUAGUUCCAGUUUAUCAGUUUCGUAGAUGAGAAAUAUUUUUUGAAAUGUUUACCGCAGUACCCAGGUCAUUAUUAUGUUGUUCAAACGCGUUAAGCCCUCAUCGGGCACUCGCGUAUGCCUUGACGAAAUGCCCCUCGUUCUUCGAGGCGUCCCAGUGCCGGGAGUACCACGAGGUCACCGGCAACAUUAUCUGCCCCAAUGUGGUCAGGGGCAUCGACCAUUUGAGAGAUCCUCGCCUUAACAAGGGUCUAGCCUUCACUCUAGAAGAACGUCAAGCCCUCGGGAUCCAUGGCUUAUUGGCAGCCAAGUUCAAAACGCAAGAGGAACAACUCGAGAUUUGCAGAAUAUCUGUUGAUAGAUACGAGGAGAAUCUGAACAAAUACCUCUACCUCGUGGAGUUACAGGAUAGAAAUGAGAAGUUGUUCUUCAGACUCCUAGCGGAGAACAUUGAGAAGUACCUGCCGAUUGUGUACACCCCAACAGUGGGCCUGGCCUGCCAAAGGUUCGGCCUCAUCUACAGAAGACCUAGAGGCCUCUUCAUCACCAUCAACGAUAAAGGCCAUAUAUUCAAUAUCCUUAAAAACUGGCCUGAACCAGAUGUGCGCGCGAUCGUGUUCACCGACGGCGAGAGAAUCUUAGGUCUGGGCGACCUGGGUGCCUAUGGAAUGGGCAUUCCCGUCGGUAAGCUGUCUCUCUACACGGCGCUUGCUGGCAUCAAGCCACAUCAAUGUCUGCCCAUCACGCUGGACGUGGGGACUGACAAUCCGGACCUUCUUGAAGAUCCGCUGUACAUCGGUCUACGACAGAAGAGAGUUCGUGGCAAGGAGUACGAUGAGUUUAUCGACGAAUUCAUGGAAGCGUGCGUCCAGAGAUAUGGACAGAACACGCUUUUGCAAUUCGAGGACUUCGCUCUGGCGAACGCUGGUCGUCUCCUCCAGAAGUACCGCAUGAAGUACUGCACGUUCAAUGAUGACAUCCAAGGCACGGCGAGUGUCGCCGUCGCUGGUCUCAUGGCCGCUGUCAGAGUCACCAAGAGGAAGCUCAGCGAGAACAUUUAUCUGUUCCUUGGCGCUGGAUCGGCAGCGAACGGUAUUGCCAACCUAACAGUGGCGGCUAUGGUCGCGGAUGGUCUGACGGAGCGACAGGCGAGGGACCGAGUGUAUAUGUUCGACGUCGACGGGCUUCUGUCGACGAGGCGGGAAGGUGGUGUCCCGCCCCAUGCCAAGGCGUUCGGAAAGGACAUCGAGCCCGAGAAGGACUUCGAAGCGUGCGUCGCCAAGAUCAAGCCAAGUUGUCUUAUUGGCUGUUCAACUGUAGGCGGCGCAUUCACCCCGACGGUGUUGAAGCAAAUGGCUCAGAACACGCAUAGACCCGUCAUCUUCGCUCUCUCCAACCCCACCAGCAAAGCCGAGUGUACCGCGCAGGACGCCUACGACCAUACUGAGGGUCGCUGCAUCUUCGCGUCCGGCUCGCCGUUCCCGCCAGUCAAGUACGACGGCAAGGAGUUCCACACGGGGCAGGGCAACAACUCGUACAUCUUCCCCGGCGUCGCGCUCGGCGUCAUCGCGACCGCCACACACCAUAUACCCGAGACUAUGUUCCUUACUGCCGCCCGGACCCUGGCAGAGUACGUGAGCGCGGACGACCUCGCGAUCGGCCGCAUCUACCCGUCGCUCGCGGAAGUGAAGGACGUCUCUGUAGCCAUCGCUAUCGAGGUCGCUAAGAUGGCCUACGACGAAGGUUUGGCCUCCGUGUACCCACAGCCAAAAGACUUGGCGAAGCAUGUCCAGAACCAAAUGUACAACCACUUCUACGAGAGUUCUAUGCCUGUGGUAUGGGACUGGAAACCAGAGGAGAAGUUCGAAGUGCGACCCAUACAACCUGUUCCUAAGAACAUCUAAAGUUUACUAGCAAAUUGGUAUAGAUUUGCUUCAAGCAAAUCUUUUGAAGAUGCGAUUUUGUAUGGCCCCUUAGCAGUUAAGCUUGUAAGAAAUGUAUGUUACCGUGAAGUGAAAUUAACACGGUAAGAAAGAAAGGGUUCUUCAUACAAAUCACGAGAAACUUUACGAGAUUUACGAGAGGCGCUCCCGUUAUUGUGCGUGACUCUGUUAAUCGGUUUGUAUGAAGAUUUUUAAAAAAUACUGCCUUUUCUUGUUUCCCUUUACUGUGUAGUAAAAAUUAUGUCGUAUGAUAUUGUUAUUUUAUACAAGCUUAUUGUAGACAUGUAUUAAUAGUAUGUUGCUUAAUCGAUGUUUUUGAUUAGGUGCUAAGAAGUUUUACAAAAUCGACAUCUAUUAAUGUAAAAGUAAGCGAAAGAUCUUAAAUCAUGUCCGAUGAAUCGAGAUGGCGCGUCUGAACAUCUCAGUAGCUCAAAUUAGUUUGUUUUUUUAUUUUUAUUUCAAGGCAAUAAGGUGCACCGAGUAUCAAACAACGACAGACGUAAAAUGUUUCUUAUAUCGUCUUUACUAAGGUGCACAGUGAAACCAGUACGAUGAUUGUACUCAGUUGUCUUGAUUAGUUAAUUUAUUUUAACCAAUAUAAAUCAUUAUUUAUAGUAGAUGUUUUAGGGUUUACUUUGCGGCGUUCAACGCCUUUAUACAGGAGUGUUCGGUUUGUUCACGUAUUAUUUUUACACAAAGUAUUAUUUCUGUAUUAUAUUUGCGUAUUUUAUUAGGUAUCAUAUCUCAGUGUUUAUGGCAUUUAAGACAAUGCCCAUUUAUUUUCGUGUUUUGUUCUACAACCUUCGCGGGAAAGUAGUGGUUUAAUGUUGAUUCAAGUUUCGAUAAAAUGUUUGAGGCGAUAUGUUGUGAGUUGCGGCCGUAACAAAUAUUAAUUAUGUAUGAAACUGAUUUCGUGAAAACUGCACUUAUCAGGUUACAUAUGUAGAAUUAACGGGAAAUGCACUUGGGCUAAUACAACAAGAGUUAUUUCUUCGAAUAAGAUUUUAUUAGGCUAUAAAAUAAAAAGAAAAACUGGUUUCCCGCUUCUUAUCAAUGGUCAAUGUUUCCCACAACAACAAAUCGUCCCAAAAGUUCAAAUAAAUGUUUAAAACGUGACUAAUGAUAUGGUGGCCUUUAACAUUGCUUUAGCUUUGUUAACUAAAUGUACAUGCACCGGAAUGUAUGAAACGCGCGUGUGAUGUAGUGUUGCACUCGAUAUGUCCCAAUAGUUUUAAUUGGUACAUGAGUAUAAAAUGCCGGUGGGCCUUCAUAACUCUUGAGUUUGUUUUCGGAAUUGAUCACGUUUGAUAAUUUGAUUAUCUAUUGUAAUGAUGUAAUAAUCUUACAGGCAUGUGAAGAGGUUCACUUUCCAUGCUACGUCCGAUGUUAGAUCAUCUACGUACAUUAAGAUUUCGCAUGCCAUCACGCAUGUAUCCCCGAAGAUUCCACGCCAGCAACUAAAAAAAAACAGUAUGAUAAUAACGGAACGAAUGAUAAACAGAGCUACACAUAGCAAAAUCAAUAACCAUACAAUAAAUGUGUUGGCAACUUUUUUGCGCUAUAGUUGGUUGGCAAAGGCCUUAUCCUUAGUGUAUUUGGUCUAUUGCCCAACACUGGGACAACAUAAUCUUCAUAACCGUUUAAUUCGUGUUCAAGUAUACCGUUCUUUGCAUUUUGACCAAUUAGUCAAAUUAGGGACUUAUAAAACUUUUCGACUUAUUUUAUUCUAAAUCGAAUAUGUAUUUAUGGGGCGUGGUUAAGGUGUAGCCCAUAUGAUUAAGGUCAAAAUGAUUCACCAUAUGCGCUUAUUACACUUGCCAAUCUAUCCGGCACGAUGCGUAGGUAUCGGGCAUUGUAAUCAUGAUCGCCAUACAUUUAUACCUACACCAGCAGUCGCGGCACAGCAAACGCAGCACGCGCGGCUCGAUUUAUAUCGAGGGCUUUGACCAAUAGCCGUUAGACGUCUAUCCACGUAGAGAUAGCAUUCGCUGCGACUAUUGGUCGAAACCCUCGAUAUAAUUCGCGCAACGCGAGGCGUGGUUAUACAUUGUUUUAAGUUUACGCGGUUAUUAUUAUAAUUAAAGCACAUAAUAACGGGUUCUUACCGCGUUUAAAUGGGAUAUGAGACUCCCGAUAUCCCCAUUUAAACACGGUAAGAACCCGUUAUUAUGUGUGAGGCGUGGUUGCCGUGCAGAGCCUGCUGAUGGUUGAGCUAGCGUACUUGACGCGUCAGGCCGAUGGAUUGGGCAGUUUAACAAGGUUCAAUCGAGUUUUAAGAGUAAUAAAGUAUUGAAAACAACGGCAGCAUGUCUUGUACGGGACGUAACAUGUCUAGUCACCACAGCAUUAAAACGUAUCCUGAAUGCAGGUCAUCUAUUUAUGCAUUUUAAAUCAUGUUAUUUAUUAAGUAUAAACCGGUAAUGAAGUGAAAACAAAGACAUUUAGAAAUUACUUUUAGGACGAUGUAGAGUUAAAAAUUACGAGGGAAAUAUAGUGCCCCCUUUUAAAAAAUUUCGCCGUUCGUUAUAAAGUUGCGAAAUGUUAUAACCACUUUAAAUAGACACUUUAUGCCGCAUAUUGUAUGAAUUGUAGAAUUUUGGCUGCUGUCUUUUAAUACCAAGUUGUAAUGGAGUAAGUAUACCGCUUAUAGACGUGUCUACUUAAUUUGGUUGUCUACACAUUGCACUCUUCCGAACGGAAUGCAAUAUUAAAUACUAUUAUACUACAUUGACUAUAACUAUCCAGUAAGUAUUAAUAAAAUAUAGAUUACGUCACCUAGGUGUUAAUCGAAUAACUAGUGUAUUUGACUUGGUGAAAUUACGUUUUAAUUUCAGUAUUUUGAUAGUGAGACAAAAUCUUUUCGCUAAGCGAAAUAUUACCUGUGUAUUUUUGAGUUAAGUAUUUCGUUUAUUUAUGUUACGUAUCUGUCGAUACAAAGUGAUUAUGUUGCUGUGACGAAGUAUGAUAAAAAAUGUUUUGAACUAACAUAAUGUACAAAUAUAGUGUUGAAUGUGUUUGUUGUCUAAUUUAGUGUUAUUUCACGAGACUUCUGGUUGUCAAUUAAUUGUCAGCCAAAAAUAUUCUCCUAACAUAUUUUACCUCUCAAUUUGUCAAUUAACUUGGGUUUUUCGCAGUUAAUCCUUUGGCCACUGAUGAGGUUUACAUGUUUAGUUGGUUGUAUUGUUGCAUAGGUACAAUAAUUAUGGAUGUUACUAAUUAAAGAAUGUUCGAAACAUGAUCAA